AAACAAAAUAUCGUUACGGUUUUAGUUGGCAAGUCCACGAUAGCAUGUGUAGGAAAGGGAGAGGAGGGUUUGCUUUUCAAUCUUGACGGUUCGGAGUACUACUCGAAUUCGCCAGAGAUGUUUUUUCGGGACGGAAAGCGGCGAAUCGAUUUUGUUUUGGUCUACACGGCUGAUGAAACUGACAUCGUCGCUAGAAGCAAGCGCUACGCUUUUCUCACUGCAUUGGCUGAACAAAUGAUUGAAAUCGAGGUAGAAAAUUGUCAAGGCGAAAUUUUGGCAAGAACGGGACCUCAAAAGGCUGGCUUUAAAGAUGAGGCAGGUUUUUUAAUGGAUCCAAUGAGUCAGCCUCCAAGUGACGCCGAUGGCCUUCGGGGCUACACACAACCUGGCGAUCAAGAGGAUCAAAAUCCUCUGGAGACUGCUAUUAUGGCUCACAGUGAUCUUAUUUUUGUAAAACUCCACGCCUCUUGGUCUACAAUGAUUCGGGUUGCUGAGGUUCUGCAAUUCAAGAAGCCUCUGAAGCAGGCAAAAGUGGAGCGUCUAGAGAUGAGGGAGGCGGCAAAGUGUUGCAAGUGUUUUGAACUCGAUCCCAAGUCUAUCUUCAAACUACCGUCACCUUAUCGAGCCUCCUUCACUCGGACCCGGAUGAAUCUAUUUGACAUUCCAGAGGACUAUGACAAUUUCUUCACCCCUACCGAGCGCAGUCUUGUAGUGGACUACGUGCUGAAGCGAACGGGCACGUGUGUUUGCACUGGUCCGAGCGCUUCCACACCCAUUGAAGGAGGAGACCGCGAAUCACCGCAUUACGUGACCGAACAAGAUGUGGAGUAUGAGCGAAAAACUCGUGCGAGACCUUGCGAUAUCCAAUUGGCAGAACAUGACAAAGUUGAUCUGGGCAUUGAUCACCUCAUUUCCGAAAAGGUCUUCAUUGCCGCUUUUCCGUUGCACGAUCCGUCUAAGGAGCUGAUUGAAUUAUUGAAACAGAGGGAAGUCGAGGCGCCUGGAUCGAGCAGAACAAAGACUGAGGAGAUGGAGGUCAACAUGCGGACCCUAUUGAGCGAUCAAUGGGGCACCUUGAGAAGGAUGGUCAAGUACCAACCACUAGACUACAUUCGACUUUACUUUGGCGAAUCUGUUGCCUUCUACUUUGCGUGGCUGGGUUUAUACACCUACUGGCUCAUCCCCGUGAGUAUAUUUGGGCUCCUCGUCUUCUGCCUUUCUGCUAUUGACAUCUCCGACGACCGAAUCGUAGAAGACGUUUGCAUUCACGGGUCCGAGUUCGUGAUGUGCCCCACAUGCAACCAACGCCGUUGCAAGUUCUGGUUAUUGAAUGCCUCCUGUUUUGCUACGAAGAUGACGCAUCUAGUAGACAAUAUCGGCACAGUCCUUUAUGCUGUUUUCAUGGCCAUUUGGGCAACGCUUUUCAUGGAGAACUGGAAGCGUUACCAGAAUGUCUUGGGACACCGAUGGAAUGUGCAAUAUCUUGAGCCUGUGGAUGAACCUCCACGACCGGAAUUCCUUGCCUUACUCAAAAAAAGAGGCUAUAAACCGACCAUUAAUUUAAUCACAGGGCGUGAAGAGCCCAGUAUCCCUUUCUGGAGUCGCAAAUUGCCCUGCACUGUGCUCUCCUUCAGCUCUGUUAUACUGGGAAUGGUACUCUGCUUGGCUGCUCUCGCUGGUGUCAUUUUCUACCGUCUCAUUGUUAACACUCUUCUGCUGCAACACGAUAACGCGUUCGUCAGCUCGAUAGCAGGAAUCAUUACCACGGUGACAAGUUCCUGCAUUAACUUGAUCUGCAUCUUCAUUCUGAAAUUGGUAUACGACAAAAUCGCAGUUUUAUUAACGGAUAUGGAGAAUCACAGGACUCAAUCGGAGUACGACGAUAGCUUAACGUUGAAACUCUAUCUUCUGCAAUUUGUGAACUACUACUCCUCAAUUUUCUACAUCGCCUUCAUUCAGGGAACCACUGCUGGUCUGCCUGGUGACAAGAGUGUUCCGAUUCGUUCAACUGGCUGUGAUAAUGGAAAUUGCCUCUUCCAACUUUUCAUCCAAUUGGCUAUCAUAAUGGUUGGGAAACAACUUCUCAACUUCGUGAUGGAGAAUACUCUUCCGCCAAUUAAGCGAUGUCUGGCAGUCUACUUCGCGCACAGACGAAUAUCAAGAGAUCGAGCUGUAUUGGCAGAAAGGGGAUCUACGGGUCAGUACGGGUCAAUGGAGUCCGGCGUUCCCGAAAAGACACCACUGACGAACACAAGCAGAAAGCCAAUCAUGUACAACUGCCGUCUCAAUUACACUCUCCUCGACGGUGGUUCUCGACCUCUCUUUGAGGAGUAUCUUGAAAUGCUGAUUCAAUACGGUUUCAUCACAAUGUUCGUUCCCGCCUUCCCCAUCGCUCCGUUAUUUGCUCUACUCAACAACAUGUUUGAGUUGCGCACAGAUGCAAAGAAGUUUUUGCGUCUCCUCCGACGACCGGUCGUAAAGCGAGAAAAUGGAAUUGGCAUCUGGUUUGGCAUUCUCACUGCCAUCUCCGCUCUGGCUAUUCGAACAAAUGCUUGUUUGAUCGCCUUCACUUCGGAGUAUCUUACACGGAUGACGUACAUGUUCUACUACUCGCCUAACAGGAGCUUAGAAGGUUACCUUAACUUCACUCUCUCGUAUAUGAAUGUCUCGCGAUUUGAGUUGACACCGAAGGAUGAAAUGGUGGUGAAAAAUUCAACUUACUGCCGUUAUCGCGAUUUUCGAGAACCCCCAACUGCGCCUGAUCCUUACACCUACACCCCAGUGUAUUGGCAUGUCUUGGCUGUGAAAUUCGCCUUCGUCUUUAUAUUUGAGAACGUGGCUUUGGCAUUGACUGCCCUCAUCUCCCGAUGCAUUCCUGACAUGCCACAAAAUCUCGUCAUUAUCUCACGUCAUGAAGCGCGUGUUGUUAACGAACUUGUUCUUCAAACCGAGUUAAAGGAAGAUAAAGAUGAGAAGUCGUUUGAACCACCAACUCAACAACCCCCUAUUGGUUUUAGUGGCAUUGAUGAUUUCGAGCCUGAAGAACAGCUCUACACUGGAGUUCCCUUUUUGAAAAAUUGA